UUUUCUCUAACGAAUUCGAGUAGUACCAUUUUAAAAGUUUAACUCAUAUUUUCUUUCGUAAUGAUGAAGAAUGAAAUCAGAAAUACUUCUUACUAAAUCUGAAAAAUGGUGCUAAGUCGAAAUGAUAAGAGAAAAAGAAAAGAAGGGGAUCUGGUGGAUCUGAUGGAGCCACUCUCAGAGUCUCCAAAGAGGACCAAAGUACAUGCACAAAGAAAAUUUGCACAAGGUGCAACAACAGUUUUUAAUCCUUCACAUACUCCAAUUAAGGACAAAGAAAAAGCUAAACCAGCAGUUAUAACAGAAUUAAUUACGCAUAAGCGACCAAAUACGGAGGAUUUUUUAACAUUUUUAUGCUUUAGAGGAACAUCAAUUUUACCUCCAAGUUUAAAUUUCUUCAAUGUUGGAAACAAGAAAGAGAAGCCACAUGUUAAGACAACACGUACACCAUCAAAUAAAGUCACAUCUUCAACUAGUACAUCUACUGACAAUCAAAAGUCAGAUUCAAAUCAGAAACCUAUUACUAAAAUCAAAUCUAUGAUUACAGACAAAAAGAAAGUUACAAACACAAUACAAAAGAAUAUCAGUAAGUUUAAAACUACAUCUACUGUACAAGCACUUAAGAAAAAAUAUCAAGAACAGCGUCUAGCGAAACAAAGAAUAAAGAAUAAGUUUAAAACAUCGUGCGUUAUGAGGACAAGAUCUUGUACAGAAAGAACACUUUUAAAAUCUGCAAAUAAAUUAGCACCUAGGAAGUUUCUGCCAAGGAUUGAAACCAAGCGACUAGGUUUACGGAGCAGUGUUCUCUCAGAUAAAACGAAAAAAGCUUCUCCAAAAGUAAAGCCCAUGCCACCAAAACCAAAGAAAAAAGUUCUUGUAAAACAGAAAAGUAGUAAUACAUCUAAUUCAGAAUGUACAUCCGAAGAGGAAGAAGAGGAGGAACCUUCAGAAAAAACUGUACAACAAGUAAAGCGUACAACACAAAAAGCUGUUCAGAAAAAGAUAUGCACUAGAAGCAAGUCUGAAAUGAGAAGAAUAACCCGAUCCCAUAGCGGAACAGUAUCUCCAAAAAAUCUUUGUAGAAGACCAUCUAGAAAAACUAAAGAAGCAGCUGCAGUGUACAUGGAGAUCCUUGGAAGAAAGCUUGUUAGUCCUGACUUAGAAAAUGACGAUAAUAUUUCCAUGGACAGCUUUCCAGAAUUGCCAAAUGCACGCAAAAUUGCUCAAACAGAAAGUGAAAUCAAAGCCAAAGUGAAACAGCCAGUUAUAAAAUCAGUUGGUAAAACUAAAGAUAGCAAGAUUAGUUCCAGCCAAGGUACAUCCAAUAAACGAUCGGAGAAAAAUAAAACUAGUAAAGUUCCCUUCAAAAGUAAAAGGCUAAUACGAGUUCAGAAAUACUGUGAAAUAGAUACCGACGAGGAGUCUGUAAGUUCUAAUGGAACUAACAACACAAGACCUGUUACAAGACGAAGUUUAGGAAAAGUAAAUAAACCUGCAAGUAGAUUCCUUAGAUCUUCUUCUAAGACUACAACCACACGAAUGGACAUUCAGAAUAAUGUAAAUAGCAAAUCAAAAUCCCAGGUUCAAAAUAAUCUAAGGUUUAAUAAAGAAAAAUUCGUACUGAAACGUAAACGAGAACAAAGUUUGAACAAGCAUCCACCUGAAAAAAGUAUUGGAUCAAAACGAAAAGAAACAAAAACCGUUGUCGAGGAAAAUACAGAUUCUGAUGAGGAAACUUUAGGUAUGUUACUUAGCAAAUUAAAAAGAAAGAAAGAAAAUGACCAUGAUCAUGACAAUGUCAAUGUCAAAGUCAGUAUUAAUAUAAACGACAAUGCCAAUGAAAAUGGCAAUGACGAUACUUUAGGUAAAGUUGAGGAGCCUUUGGACGAACGUUCUGCAAAGAUGGAUCUUUCAAAAAUUUCAGACGAUGAGGAAUCUUUUCGGGGGUUUACAAAGAAAGCAAUAUCCAAAGUAUUAAAUUCUUGUCAAACACAUGCUAAUGCUAAUCUUCUUAUCACAGAAAAGACCACAGAGAAAUUGGAGAUAACUGAAACAGAGAAAAUAAAAAGUGUAGAUACGUGUAAGGAACCAGAAAAUAAGGAUAAAACUUUCUUAGAUAAAAGUUCUCUGUCUGCCCUCUGUAUGCCGAAUAUUGAAUAUGUCAAGUCCGAAGAAGUUCAGAAAACAAAAUCGGAACUGCUGAAUGAAAUAGAAUUACAAACAGUGUUGGUAACGAAUACCGAUAAAGAAUGUCUUCACAAAUCCGAAAUUUCUUCUACAAAUGUUAUUGAUAUGUCAUUAUCAACAUUACAUGUAAGAAAAGAAAAAGUAAACAUGUCGACUGAACAAAUUGAAAAAUGGUUGAAUGAAAGUUCCCUUGCCAAAGAGGAGAGCAAGUUAGAAAUGGAGAAUGUAUCUAUGUUUAAAUAUGAAAUGUGUGAGAAAAAGACAGAUGUUUCGCAUUUAUCUAUUUCAACAAAAAUUCAACACCUGGUCAGACCAGUUAAUGUCACACUUUCAAAAUUAACAGAAAAAGCAAGCAUGAAAGAUCGUUUAAGUAUGCAGAAUAAAUAUGUACCCAUCACAGCAAUAGAUUCCCAAUCCGUUGAUGUAAAACAACAAAAUGAGUCGACAAACGUAAAAAAACACAAUGUGGAUUUGAAAGAAAUUACUAAAGGACGAAAUAUAAAACCAAAUAAAGACUCCUCUCCUGGAGAAGAUAAUGAUACAACUUUAAAAUCCGAUCAUAGUUCAGGAGAUGGAUCUGCUGAAAAGAAAUUGUCAUUGGAGAAGAAGUCCAUAUUUCAACCACGAAAACCGUUUUUACCGAAAGUUAAAGAGCGUAAAACGGUAACGCCGAAUGCAAAUGCAUUUUCUCCGGAAAACGAGAGUAGUGUUUACGCGUUUGAAAGUGACACCGAAGUUCCUGUUAGUACUCCCUUUAGACGUAAAAUUCGUGAACCUAAUAAAUCAUCAAAGGCGACUAUCAUUUCAUCUGAGAAUGAUACGAACAAAAGCAUGGAAAAAAUUAACAACGAUAAUUGUGAAGUAUCUGAACCUAAAGAAAACCUUAGUGCUAGCAAUGCACUUCAAAAAAAUGAAAAUAAAGUAGUAGAGUCAAAAAAUACAUCAAAUUCAUUAUUAAAUGUAAACAGGUUCGACUUACCGAAAAAUUUUGCAACUUUAGCCAAUAUACAAGUCCUACCAUUAGAUAAGCUAACAACUUGGAGCAAUGUAAACUGCAGUGCUUCAAUAGCUGUUCAAGUAAAUCUUGAUGAUAGUGCGCAAGGACAAGAACAUACAGUGGAAAAUGAUACAAAUCAACAGAAAAGCACAGAAAUAUCUACUCAAACAGAAAACAAUAAUGAAAAUGAUGAUGAGAAUGAUGGUCAACUGUUUUACAUACCUUUGCAAGCUGUUACGAGAAAUGGUCCAAAUUUAGUUCAAGGACAACAGUUAAUUCAAGGUGUAGCUGUUAAACUUGGCACUGAAGGACCGAAUGGACCUAAUCAGAAAGUACUAUUAAGAGCAAAGCUAGUUACCAAACCACCAUCAUCAGUUGCUCGUUGCCCUCCUAUAGGUACAGUGCAACCUACAACUCGUACACCACCAAAUUCUGCUCUGUUAGGAGCAGACAAUCCACUGCCAUCUACUUCAUCCAGCACACCUUCUAUUAUGACUGUACAUACUUCUGAAAUUCAACCGUCUUCCCCCUGUAAAAGUGAAAAUACGACAACGAAUAGACAAAGCAUUGGAACUGCAGGAACGGAAAAAUUAACAAAGUCCCCAAAAACUGCCAGGGAAAGAAAAACCUCUAUUGAUUCAAAUAAAAACGGGAAAAGAUGUCAAAUUAAAUCUAAACAGAAAAGUACUGAAAUGUGUUCUCCUUCGAAUAAUGUAACAUUUCCAAGUGCAAAAAAUGAAAACAAUGAUGCGCGUUUAGUUGAAGCUCCGACGUUUCACCCUAGUGAGAAAGAUUUUCAAGAUCCUUUGGAGUAUAUAGAUAAAAUCAGACCCAUUGCAGAGAAAUUUGGAAUAUGCAGAGUUGUACCACCACCUAACUUUAAGCCGGAAUGUAAAGUAUCAGACGAUAUGCGGUUUACUGCAUACAAUCAAUAUGUACAUCGUAUGCUUCAUCGAUGGGGUCCUAAUGUAAAGGAAAUGAUGGCUAUAAAAACAUAUUUGGCCACACAAAGCAUUACACUAACUCAUCCUCCUUGGAUCGGUGGAAUGGAAGUUGAUUUGCCUCACUUGUAUCAAACAGUUCAAAGCUUAGGUGGGUUAAAAGAAGUUAUUGAAAAGAAAAAGUGGCAAAAAGUAGCUGAUGGUAUGAAAAUACCAAAGUCUGCUCAAGAUCGUGUAACUAAAUUGGAUGACAUCUACUGUAAAUAUUUAUUACCAUACGAUACACUAUCUCCAGAGGAACGAGGUAAAUUGUUCGAUGAAGUUGAAGCAGAAUGGGUAAGAAGAGAAAGCAGAGCUCUGCAACGACAAAAUGCGCCUACAAAUGAUAAUGAGGAAGAUGAAGAAGAUGAUAGUUCAGAUGAAAUUGAAGAAUGCAUUGUGAAAGGUAGAAAUAUGCCAUUAAAUGCUUUUUACCGCAUCGCGCGCAAUACACAGCGUAUGUGGUUUGGUGAAAAUCAGCGAUCUGGAAAUGAAACAGAAGGUGCUUCUGCGGAUGAGGUUGAAAAUGCAUUCUGGAAGCAUGUCGCAGAAAGAAAACGACAUGUCUGUGUACACGCUGCAAGUAUCGACUCAAGUGGUCGUGGAUUUGGAUUCUCUGUUGCCAAGAAUAGUCCAUUCGCCAGACAUCCGUGGAAUCUUAAAGUACUUACCAAUAAUGCUGGAUCAGUGCUAAGAGCUUUAGGUCCAAUAAUGGGAGUGACAGUACCAACACUACAUGUUGGCAUGUUAUUUAGUGCAUGCUGUUGGUACCGUGAUCCACAUGGUCUUCCAUGGAUAGAAUAUUUACAUACAGGUGCUAAAAAGAUCUGGUAUGGUAUACCAGACGAGCACAACAAUAACUUUAGAGAAGCUCUGUCGAAAAUGGUGCCACGAUAUUGUAAAAAUAAAACUAUAUGGUUACCUUCAGAUACAGCUAUGGUUCCCCCAGAACUAUUAGUUAGUAAUGGAGUAUCGUUAUGCCAAACUGUACAAGAACCAGGCCAAUUUAUAAUUGUGUUCCCUAAAGCAUUUACGUCAAGUAUAUGUACUGGUUAUGUAGUAUCUGAAAGCGUUUACUUUGCACAACUGUCUUGGUUAGAAACUGCUGAACAAGUAUUUAAAGAUAUACAAGAUAGCUGUGAACCAUCAAUCUUUUCGUUUGAAAGGUUAUUAAUAAAUAUUAUUAAUGAUUCUAGAUCCCAUAUAGAUGUAAUGAAACAGAUCCUACCAAGUGUGAUUAAAAUUCGUGAGAAAGAAAUAACUUACCGAAAACAAUUAGAUGCAGUGGGUCUCACAAAUACAGAAAGGUUACCUUUACCAGAUAGUGGAAAACGAAAGAAAGGCAAAAAAGUAAAAGAAGAUGAUGGUGAUUUUGAAUGUGAAACUUGUAGAGCUAAUCUAUUUGUUUCGUUAGUUAGUAAUUCGCAUGAUGACAGUGUUUACUGCUUAACACAUGCAUUGCAAUUACUUAGUAGAAAGAAACAAGCUUUAAAAUAUUGUACUCUCAUGUAUACAUACGACGAGGAUGAAUUGGAUGACUUAAUUCACAAACUAGAAGACAGAAUUGAAGCCAAAUCUAAAAAGACUAAUCAAAUGAAACAAGCUAAGUAA